CUCUCUCUUCAUCGUGCUUAGCUGUAGCCAGUCUUGUUCAGUCUUCCGUUUCCGUGUCGUGGCGAUCACUGCCUGACGGUUUUUAUUCAUUUUAGGAACCGCUUUGCUUGCCUCCUCUUGUUCAUUGGUCUUACGGUACAUGCUCGACAGUUAGGAACAAUUUUCUCUUACAUAUCCAAACUUGGGCCUGAAUAGGUCGUUCCGAAGCUUUCCGACGGUUUCUGAUCUCGCAAUUGGGAUCUUGGAGCCGAAUGUUAUGUGGUAAAAAGAUCGUUUUUUCGCAACCAGCGGUUUCAGCUUUAUCGCAAUGGCUUGGGACCGUGAUUGAUUUCAAUGUUUUAAUAGCAGGAGGCUUAUGCGAAUAAUCUUGAGAAGUUGCUUGCUGUUGUGGGGUUGCAAGAGAGAGAGAGAGAGAGAGAGCGGAGAACGGUGGAAACUGCUGCUAUAACCUGAAACCUGCUUGGUCGGAUAUUGCUCUCGCACCAAUUGAUUUUCUGUAGAGAACUGAGUAUGUUCUUUGUAGAAAAGUAGUUUUUUUGAACCUGUGCUAUCCUACUUGUGAACUUAAGGAUUACGAGCCACACUCAAGGUAGGAAGGGACUAAUUGCAACUUCUCUAUCAAAAAAAUUGAACGAAUAAGAAGUUUCUUGUGGGGAUGAGCCCCAAGAGUGGAUUAUUCUAGUUUUAUUUGCGGAGGGAUAGUAUGUAUAGCCCUCAGACGUCGUCGCUAUCGACGCACAGCCGGACUGCGAAGGCACCAUCAAUGUUUCCUACCUCGUCACGGUCAUCUGAACAUACGGAUAGGAAAGCACCCGACGUGGCAGAGGCUCACGUAUUUACGAUCGACCAUCAAAUGGCACUUCCUUCUUCGUCGAGCGAGAAACAGCCAGCCACGCCGAAAGAAAAAGAGAAGUCAGUGACAGCGACUCCAGGGAGACGACACGUCGUGUACAAGGCUGGUUCAGUCGUCUCGCCGAGCCAUUCCUUGGAAUCCCCGCAGUCUCUAUUUUUGUCUCCAUUACCUGCCCCCCACCAAUACAUGUCCACUUCGCAGGGGCUGCCCACGAAAGACUUGGAGAAUGGGAAUAAUUCGGGAGCCACGGGUGAGGGUGCAGACGAAGAGGACAAGAAGCAGCGGGAAAGUCACAAAAAGAGGAGCAAGAAUUGGACGCGGCCCGAGUCGCUGCAGCUUAUUCGCCUCCGUACACAGCUUGAACCGAGAUUCGCAAAGAGCGGUCGUAAGACCGAGCUUUGGGAUGAGAUUGCCGAAGCCUUGCAGAAGGAGAACUUCACCCGCGACGCACAGCAAUGCCGGGACAAGUGGGAGAAGCUGACUGCUGGGUACAAGGAAGUGCGAGAUGGGAUAAAGGACAAGGAGGAUAAUCCUUUCUACGACGAUCUGCACUCUCUUCUCUCCGGAAAGUCUGUGAAGCGAGACCGGGAGAAGGAGCGCGACGAGCUGCCUGUUCGAGAACUGCGCAAAGGCUCUGCGCAUGACACUGCCCUGGCGAUGAAGGACGAGAAAAUGGAACCCCUUCAGAAGUCGAGCGAAACGCACGACGAGGAUCUUGACGAAGGAGCAGACGAACCAGCUCGCAAGAGGAAGAAACCUGAACCCCAGUUCAUGUCUGUCACGGACAUGGAGGCGGUGCAAAGAGUGGUUGAGACCGUAAUCACCCGGCAACAAAACUUUUUCCGGGAGCUUCUGGAUGCUAUGGAGCGGAAAGAGCAGAUGCGAGAGCAAAUGCGGCAGGAGAAGGAGGACAAAUGGCGGGCCGAAGAGCGAGCCCAACGAGGGGUGUUUAACAACGCAAUGAUCAUCCUCACUCAAAAGCUCGUGGGUGAGCAGAUCGGUGCAAGCUUGGCGAUGGCACCCAGUGCUACUACCCCUACUGUUCAAUCUGAAUCCCCACCUCCACUUAUUGUGAAUAGCCCCGAGGGUCCCCAGGGCGCCCCGAAACGCCGCUCCAAGAACUGGAAACGCGCUGAAGUCCUGCAGCUCAUCAAACUGCGCGGGGAGAUGGACAGUCGAUUCGCGCAUUCCACUCGCCGUGCUGCUCUCUGGGACGAGCUUGCGGAGCGUCUAUUGGUGCAAGGGAUCAAGCGAGAUGGCAAGCAAUGCAGAGAGAAGUGGGACAAGCUCAUGGCUGAAUACAAGGAUGUCACGGAUGGCAAACGUGAUCAGCGAGAGAGUCCUUACUAUGCUGAACUUACUGCGAUCCUCGGCCGGCCGGUUGAGGCCCCAUGAUCUGAGUUGUGCUAUCUUUACCUCCACAGCUACCAAUAUGAAUAGGGGUACGAGACUUGGAUGAGACCCACCCAGGUUUGCGAAGCGUUGAAUUGUCAAAGAUGACGGAAUUUUUGCGCCAUGAAAGACGUGCCAUGUGACGUAUGAGAUUAAUGCGUGAUUACAUGUAGAGUUGAAGCUGUCGACAUUGUUGAUGUUUUGGUUCUACUCGGCGAAGAUAUAUUGCGGACUACUAGGAGCCUCUCACAGCCAUGGGAUUACAUGUUGACAGGGGUGCUGAUGGUUGUGAAGCAUCACGCGGCGGGAGAUUAUUGUUUGGGUUCCCUCCAUUGUGAGGAGUCCCUCAGUGGAGCUGGGGUGGUGGAUAGCUUGGGGUGGACAGAUCCUAGAUUCCAUGGCAAUUUUUCUGUGUAAGUGGGUUCGAUUCACCCUGUCCUGUUCAGUUUACUUGGGUCGCAACCCCAUCCUCCCUUAUGAUUUGAAACAUUCUUUUGCAUAUAAUGUAAGAUACCAGUACCGGCAUUUUUUAAAAGAAGAAAGGAAAUUCGGUUGGUCGGAGCUGCGUUCAGUUUUUGGUUUUUUUGGAUCGGAAUCUGUAUUUUAUACCCAUUUCUCUAUAUGUUUGCGAUUUGCGUCCACAGUAAAUACUCGAUGUCCUACUAAACUACCUUAAAAAGAAUUAAAAUUGGAAGGUGUUGACUUUUCUGACUAUUUCCAAUUGUGUCCAAACCCUAA